CGGUUUCAGGGUGAUAUCCCAAGCCAGGUUGCUGUUCAAGAAAUAGUGGAUCAAGUGGACGAUAGUGUUGAUCAGGAUGCGCAGAAGACGACAAAAAAACGGAAAUAUUUUAUUGGAAGCGAACAUAUUGGAGUACCACGAAUUAAUACUGAAAUUGAAACAUUUAUGAAAGAUGGAAUGAUUGAGGAUUGGGAUAUGUUCGAAAAGAUGGUCGAUUAUGCGUAUGCAAAUGUAUUUUUUGCCGAAAGCAAGUACCAACCAGUGUUAUUCUCAGAGUGUGCUUGGAACGCAAAACAAAAACGUGAAAAGUUGAUGGAGUUGAUGUUCGAAAAGUACAAUGUACCGGCAUUCUUCCUAGUCAAAAACGCCGUCCUUGCUUGGUAUCCGGCUAAAGCCGGCCCGAACGUUCGUACCAGUGAAUUAACCGCUUGUGAUGUACCCAAUAUCAGUGCCUCGAAAUAA